CAACAUCCCCCAUCCGAAUAUACCCCUCGGAAACAUUCCACGGCAGAACAUACCAACGACAACAACUAACAACCAAACUCACAGAGCGAAUAUGCCCGGAAGACCUGCAUCGCGGUCGGCGCGCUCGUCUGGCGCAGGUGCAACCCGCAAAUCAAGCUCGACCACGGCCAAAUCGCGGUCGUCUGUCCCCGCUGUCGAGGUCCCAGACGAAGGAGAGGUCACAUCGCUUCGAACGCAGAUAUGUCAAAUAUUCGGCGACGCACAGAAGACAACGGCGACACAGCGGAAAUUAGUCGUUAGUUUGAGGAAGAUCCAGGAAGCAUGUUGUUACGAGGCACAAGAUACCAAGAAGAAGCGAGUGGAAGAGGAAUUCGACGAAGCGGAUUUCAACGAGGAGGUAGCGCGAUGCGUGACGAGGAUCAUGGCAGUCAAGAAGAGCGAACCUGUUGGUGACCGUAUUAUCAGAUUUCUAGGUAUCUUCUUGAAGCAUGCAACGGAGAAAGACAAUGCUAUCCUGCAGCCCGAUGACGAACAAGAAAUGCUCAUUCCAGAGACGCCUAGUAGUCGUCUCACAUCGCAUAUACUAUCUACAAUACUCACAUUUAUCGAGGUCAAGGACAAGACGGUGCGAUUUCGCGCCACACAGACAGUUGCACACAUCGUCAACAGUUUAGAUCAGAUCGACGACGAGCUAUUUGAUCUCAUCCGGCUUAAAUUGGCGAAGAGACUGCGAGACAAGGAGCCUUCUGUUCGAGUACAGGCAGUACUCGGUCUGGGCCGCCUUGCCGACAACGAUGACGAGGAGGAAGAUGAAGAGGACAGCGACGAUGACACCACAGGUCGCAUACUGAUCAAGCUGCUGGAUAUUAUGCAGAACGAUCCGAGUGCGGAAGUCCGUCGCGCGGUCCUAAUGAAUCUGCCUUUCCGACCCAAUACCCUCAAAUGGCUACUGGAAAGAGCCAGGGACUCGGAUCCGGGGACUCGACGUGCCUUGUAUGGUAAAUUACUUCCUGCUCUUGGGGAUUUCCGUCAUAUGUCUAUGGUGGAACGUGAGAAGCUCAUCCGGUGGGGGCUAAGGGAUCGUGACGAGAUGGUCCGAAAGGCAACCGCACGUCUCUUCCGCGAACGAUGGAUCGACCAUUGUGCUCAGACCCAUAAUCCGACACCUGAGGAAGAACGAAAACCUGGUGAAGUCUUUCCCCCUAACAUGGACGCUCUACUCGAAUUGCUAGAGCGCAUAAGCAUCACCCAUUCCGGAACUGAGGAAGGCAUGGCUCAUGAGGCAAUGCGCGAGUUCUGGGACGGCCGGCCAGACUAUAGAGAUUUUGUCACAUUCGACGACGACUUCUGGAACGGACUGACACCAGAAAGCGCGUUCGUGGCACGCAGUUUGAAUGACUAUUGCGUUAGUCUAGCGGACGAUUCGCUUCAAGACGAGAAGAUGCCCGCAGUCAUGGCAUUUGCUUUCUUUGUGCAGACACAUCUCAAUCGUUUGAUGGAGGUUGGACACAGGAUUGCUGAGCUGGACGAGGAUCACGAAGACUAUCAAGAAAUGGCUGAAGAAGCCAGUGAGCAAGAAUUCGUGGUCGAACAGCUGCUUCACAUCGCUCUCACGCUCGACUACAGUGACGAAGUUGGAAGACGACAAAUGUUUUCCAUCAUGCGAGAUGCCCUGGCGCGCGUCGAGUUUCCCGAAGAGUGUACAAAAUUGGGUGUCGAAGUCCUCCGUACAGUGUGUGGUGGCCGUGACACGGGAGAGAAAGAGUUCUGCAGCGUCAUUUUGGAAGCAAUUGCUGAGGUCCGAGACACACUCAUGCCGGACGAGGCAACCGAAGUGCCAGAGGAUGCAGAGGACAGCUUCCACUCAGCUCAGUCAGACGCGACUGUUUCAGCUUCUAACCCAAGCAAGAAGGCGAAGGAAGAGGAGGAUCCAGAAGCAGAGGAGCAGAGGCAGAUUCGUGAAGCUCUCGUGUUCCUGAAGUGUCUGCAUAUCGCGCAAUGCAUGUUGCAGAAUGUCUAUGUAGGACUGGAAGAUAACAACGCCCUGGUCACUAUCUUAAACACUCUCAUUGUUCCUGCAGUGCGGAGCCACGAUGAGAAUAUCCGAGAGCGUGGAGUAGUGUGUCUAGGUUUGGCUGGCCUCCUUAGCAAGGAUCUUGCCAGCUCCAACGUAGAACUUUUCCUUCACUGCUACUCUAUCGGCCCAGAUAGCCUCAAGGUCAUCGUCAUACAGGUUCUAACCGACAUCAUCAUCACACAUCCAACACUCAUCGCCCCUCUCCCACCAGAUCCCGAAGACGAGGACGAGGAACAAGAAGGUGAACCGGAGCCCACACCAAACCCCUGGCUUAAGCACAUCAUGAAGAUGUUCCUGAAAGCCUUCAAUUCCGACAAACGCUACUUGGCGCUUGAAGCAUGCGUAGCAGGCUCCAAACUCCUCUUCCUCAACGUGUUACCGCCAGCCUCGGUGGCCAUUUUGCUGAAAGCCUUCACACUUGCCUACUUCGACCCAGACACAGCAUCCAACACAGCCGUCAGCCAAGCACUCAGCUACUUCCUUCCCGUCUUCUGCCAUUCCCGCGCUAAGAACGCGCUCCUGAUGUCGCAACUCGCCGUCCCCGUCAUCCAAAAGCUUCUCGUGAUGCGAGAGGACAUCGACGAGGAAGCCGACGAGAUGGUCGGCUGGCCCAUCGUAGCCGGCCACCUCUCUGAAUGGACCGACGGCCGCCGCGUCGUCGGUGCGACGGAACAAGGCGUCGACGGGAAGAUCAACAACCUCGAGGGCGCGGAGGAACCUCACAUCCAGCUUGCGAUCGAUAUCCUAGAGCGGGCCCUCAGGGACACGUGCACCCGGGACGAGAAGAAGCCGCUCCUGAGCCUCCUCACCAAAUUGUACAUCUCGUCCACGCCAUCGAAGCACGAGGCGGCGUACAUUGACGCACUGCGCGACCUCCACCAGCUCGUGUCAGAGGCCGUGGAGGCGAAGCUCGGCCUAGACGCCACAUCGAGGAACUACCUCGCUAAGCUGGAGACCAGCCUGACGAAGCGUUUGGGAGAGGUAGAAGCGGCCACUCAAGCCCAGGGCGAGGAGGUCGACGAGACGGAAGUACCGCCCACGUCGUCCUCCCCGCCGCGCGCCGGCACCGCGAGCCAACGCCAGAGCGGGACCCCAGAAGCCCAGAGCGAGGUGCCCGACGACGACAACGAAGACGAAGACACGAUGCUCGCGGGCAUGCAAGCAGAAGGCACACGGAUGCCCCUCGAAGAAGGCGACGACGACGAAGACAACGAUGAAGACAUGCACGAAGGUACAAUCCUGCCCGUCCGGGGCGGUAGGCGCCACACGGCGUUCACGGAGGACGACAUCAUGGAGAGCUUGCUGAACAGCGAGAUGUAAAAACGUACCUAACUAACCCUUUCUCUCACUUCGAUGCUUGGGGUCGUCUGCUUGUUGUCGGUCGGCAUUAACAACUUGGUUAGACUCGUCUUAUCUUUUUUUCACGCUCGGCGUAUGGCACGUAUGGCACGUAUGUAUGUAUGAAUGAGUGUCUAGCGUUUUUGAAAUAUGG